AUGCCUUCGGUAGUCGACCCCCGCGAAGCAGCAUUUCACGAGAAGCAGUUCUUCGUCAAUGAUGGACCCCUUACCGACAUCGGCUUGAUCAAGCAAACGACCCUCGACACACCAAUGGAAGAGGUUCGUCGACGAUACAAGGAAGAUGGACAUGUUUUAUUGAAAGGUGUCCUCCCGAGAGAAGAUGUUCUCAAGGUCCGAGAGAAGUACUUCGAGCUACUCAAGCCGACAGGUGUACUCGCUCCCGAGACAAAGCCCGUCGAUGGGAUUUUCAACACAUCUCAGGACCGUCUGAACUACCCUGGGAUAGGAGCCGGAACGCCGAAUUCCACCGACGACAAGGGCAGGGUUACAGGCCCAGAUCCCAAGGUUGCGAAUCAAUUUGGCGAUCUCGCAAUGCAAGCACAUCAUGAAGAUUGGUACAAAGAAGACCUGUGCCAGCACCCAGCCCUCCUGAAAUUUGUGGCAGAGAUGACGGGCUGGGGUGACAGUACACUCAGCAUCCGAAGGACCAUCCUCCGCAACAACAUGCCCCAGAACAAAGCUAUCGGGGUUCACUAUGACCAGAUAUUCCUCCGCCACGGCGAAGACACAAUUAUCACAGCCUGGGUCCCGAUUGGCGACAUUAAGAUCGACGGCGGAGGCUUGAUCUACCUCGAAAAGGGCCACGACAUUGGAGAGCAGUUUGAAAAGGACUUUACGGAUCGCGCUAAGGCUGCAGGACUCGAUGAUGAGCAGACGAAGAACGCCUACAACCAGAACAUGAUGGGUGGUGGCCUGUUGGCAGAAGGGCCAGCCGGCUUUGGCAAGGAGUACGGCCGACGAUGGCUCCUUUCAGAGUACGAGGCUGGUGAUGUCGUGCUUCACAAUACAUAUGCUAUACACGCCUCCACAAUCAAUCACGAUAAGGACAACAGAUGGUCCAACAUUCUCAAGAAUGGAGAUGGUUUGUAG